AUGAGCUUGAAUCCGAUGAAUCCCCUCCGGCAGGUGAAGCCCAAGACGGCGCGAACGAAGCGGUAUCUCGAGAACAAAGGCCCGCAAAUUGUCGAGAAUCCACGCACCACCCUCUUCCUGCGCUAUACCAACACCAGCGAAGUCGUCCAGCUGGCCAUGCGCGAUCUCAACUCCCUCAAGCAACCGCUCUGCAUCAAAUUCGACAAGAAGAACAAUAUCCACCCCUUCGAAGACGCCUCUUCCUUCAACUUCUUCUCCGACAAGAACGAUGCCUCCAUGCUCGUUUUCGCAAGCCAUUCCAAGAAGCGUCCCCACUGCUUAACCAUUGCGCGAAUGUUCGACUUCAAGGUCUUGGAUAUGCUGGAGCUGAUGGUCGACCCGGACACGUUGCGCACGCUUUCCCAAUUCAAAAAUAAGAAGGCUGCUGUGGGAUUGAAGCCGUUGCUUUCCUUCUCGGGUUCGGCAUUUGAGUCGCCUGUCGCAAACACAUAUACUCUCGCAAAAUCAAUCUUUUUGGACUUGUUCAAGGGACCCGAUGUCAGCAACAUCGAUGUGGAGGGUUUGCAGUUCAUGAUCCACUUCAGCGUGGAUGAGGAGGAGAGCAGCGAGGUCAAGCCACAGAUUCACAUGCGAUGCUAUCUGAUCAGCACAAAGAAGAUUCCCAACAGCUCACUACCAAAGGUGGAAGUUGAGGAGAUGGGACCUCGGAUUGACUUUAGAGUUGGCAGAGUCCAGGAGGCUGAACCAGACAUGUUGAAGGAGGCGAUGAGGAAGCCAAAGAAUUUGGAGGCCAAGACGAAGAAGAACGUCGAGACCAACCCAAUCGGAGACAAGGUCGGACGCAUUCACGUCGGCAAGCAAGAUCUCUCAGAACUGCAGACUCGCAAGAUGAAGGGUCUCAAGCGAAGCAGAGAUGUCGUCGACGACGACUUCGACGAUGCAAUGGGUGGUGUCGAUGUCCCUGCCAUGGACGAAGACGGCGCUGUGCCUCUCGCCGAGCCCAUCACAGAGGGUAAGAAAAAGACCAAGGUGGACGUCUGA